AUGGUAGUUGAUCCUGCUUAUGAGAAGGGUGCAUGGGACUUUGUCCAAGCUGUGUCUGCGGGUGAUGGAGCUGAUAAGUUCAUUAUCUGCCCUUGCACAGACUGUCGGAAUGUAGAUCGGCAUUCAGCUGCAGAUAUAGUCGAUCAUCUGGUUAGAAGGGGAAUGGAUGAGGUGUACAAGCAGCGUAAGGACUGGUAUCAUCAUGGAGAAGUAUACUCUGUGGCUGAAGGCGCGAUGAAAGAGAAGCAGUGUAAUGAAGAGAUUGUUGGGUUGUACAAAGCUGUUGAGAAUUUAGAUGAAGAGUUAGCUACUGAACGUGACUUCUGUGAGAUGGCAGAGGGAGAAGACAUGAAAGAAGAUGAGUUCUUGGCAAAGAUUGCAGAUGCUGAAACCCCAUUAUAUCCAAGCUGCGCAAACCAUAGCAAGUUAUCAGCCAUCGUGUCAUUGUUUAGGCUGAAGACUAAGAAUGGCUGGUCUGACAAUAGCUUCGAUGAUCUACUUGAGACGUUACCGGAGAUGUUACCAGAGGAUAACGUGUUGCAUACAUCACUGUACGAAGUUAAGAAGUUCUUGAAGUCUUUUGAUAUGGGUUAUGAGAAGAUUCAUGCGUGUGUUAAUGAUUGCUGCCUGUUCAGAAAGAAGUUGAAGAAGCUCGACAGUUGUCCUAAAUGUAAGGCCUCAAGAUGGAAGAUUAACCAGCACACUGGUGAGAUCAAGAAAGGUGUCCCACAGAAAGUAUUAAGAUACUUUCCAAUAAUCCCACGGCUAAAGAGGAUGUUUAGGUCUGAAGAAAUGGCCAGAAACCUAAGGUGGCAUUCUACUAACCAGAGCAGCGAUGGGAAACUAAGGCAUCCCGUAGAUUCUGUGACAUGGAAACAGAUGAAUGACAAGUAUCCCACAUUUGCCGCUGAGGAAAGGAAUAUACGGCUGGGACUCUCUAUGGAUGGAUUUAAUCCUUUCAACAUGCAGAGCAGUAAGUACAGUUGUUGGCAUGUGCUGUUAGUUAACUACAAUUUGCCUCCUAGCCUAUGUAUGAAGAAGGAGAAUAUCAUGCUAACACUGCUCAUUCCUGGUCCACAACAGCCUGGUAAUAGUAUUGAUGUCUACUUAGAGCCAUUAAUAGAGGAUUUAAAUCAGUUGUGGAGCAAAGGAGAGUCAACAUAUGAUGUUGUGAGUAACACUGCAUUUACAAUGAAGGCAAUGCUGCUCUGGACUAUUAGUGAUUUCCCAGCCUAUGGAAAUCUAGCUGGAUGCAAAGUGAAAGGAAAAAUGGGUUGUCCUAUGUGUGGGAAACACACUGAUAGUAUGUGGCUGAAGUUCUGUAGGAAGCAUGUGUAUAUGUCUCAUAGAAAGGGUCUCCCACCAACGCAUAGAUAUAGGUCGAAGAAGGCUUGGUUUGAUGGACACGCUGAACACGGGAGAAAGUCUAGGAUACUAUCUGGUCAUGACAUUUCCAAUAACCUGAAGCACUUUGUUAACAACUUUGGGAAUUUUAGAGAAGCUAUAACGAAGAGGAAAAGAACAGUGACUGUUGAAGAAGACUGUGAUAUUGAGGACGUUUCCAGUGAAUCUGAGGCAGAGGAAGAAGAUGAAGUUGAUGAGGAGGAGUUGUCAAGAUGGAAAAAAAGAUCAAUCUUCUUUCAACUUCCUUAUUGGGAGGAACUACCCGUGAGGCAUAAUUUGGACGUAAUGCACAUUGAGCAAAAUGUGGCAAAGAGCAUUGUCUCAACGUUACUUCACUGUGGGAAUUCGAAGGAUGGUCUCAAUACACGUAAGGAUCUGGAACAUCUUGGUAUUAGAAAGGAUCUGCACCCGAGGGCCAAAGGGAAAAGGACUUACCUACCAGCAGCACCUUGGUCUUUGUCGAAGAGUGAGAAGAAAGUAUUCUGCAAGCGACUUUCUGAUUUUAAAGGACCUGAUGGAUAUUGUUCAAACAUAUCUAGGGGUGUUUCAGUAGAAGAUUGUAAGGUAUCAGGUCUCAAAUCACACGAUUAUCAUGUGCUGAUGCAACAGUUACUCCCGGUUGCAGUUAGAGGAUUAUUACCUAAAGGCCCGAGACUAGCAAUAUUACGGAUGUGUGCAUUCUUCAACCGGUUAUGCCAGCGAGUAAUAGAUGUAGAGCAGAUUUCAAAAAUGGAAGCAGAAGUUGUGGAAACUCUCUGUAUGUUUGAGAGAUUUUUUCCUCCAAGCUUCUUCGACAUAAUGGUUCAUUUGACAGUUCAUCUUGGAAGGGAAGCUAAACUAUGUGGUCCAGUCCAUUUUCGCUGGAUGUAUCCAUUUGAGAGACACAUGAAGAUCCUGAAAGACUAUGUUAGAAACACUGCGAGGCCAGAGGGUUGUAUUGCUGAGUCCUAUCUUGCAGAAGAGUGCAAGUUACAGAGAUUAUCUUGUUGGACUAUAAUGUCUUUUACGUUCCUCUAUUCAGGUGUCAAUGAGCAGUACGAGGAAACGGAGUUAAGGGAUCCAUACAAAUUAGCUUCUCAGGCAAAACAAGUGUUUUACUCAAGGGAGGAUGAUACAUUCUGCUGGUAUGUUGUCCUAAGAGGUCUAUCAAGAAGAUACAAUGAAACAGAAGAAGAAGAUGUCAACAUAGAUAUUGGACCAUUGCCAUCAAUCAUUGAUAUGGAUGUUGAAAUAGAUGAAACUCACAAUGCCCGAGUUGAUUGUGAAGGCAUAUAUGUGUAA